GGAUCAAAAUGGACAUAAAGAUUAUCAAGAGGAAACAUUCUUGGUUCUAAAUGAAGUUAGGGUUCUUUUAGGAAACGGAGUUUUUACGCAAUCUGAUAUUUUUUGGUGAUGCAUGUGUAGAUGUGCUCGGAUGGAGAACGCGCGGCGCUGGGCAGCUCAGGAAACGGCAAGCUGCGCCAGUGGCUCAUUGAUCAGGUGGACACCGGUAAAUACCCGGGACUCGUGUGGGAGAACGAAGAAAAGAGUGUGUUUCGGAUCCCGUGGAAGCACGCGGGGAAACAGGACUAUAACCGGGAUGAGGACGCAGCACUCUUCAAGGCUUGGGCGCUGUUCAAAGGCAAAUACCGGGAGGGCAUCGACAAACCGGACCCCCCCACGUGGAAAACGCGUCUUCGUUGUGCACUUAACAAGAGCAACGACUUCGAGGAGCUGCUCGAACGCAGUCAGCUUGACAUUUCGGACCCUUAUAAAGUUUACCGGAUCGUUCCUGAAGGCGCCAAAAAAGCUUCCAGAUCUCUAGAGGAUACAACAUCGAACCCAAGUCCUCCAAGUUAUCCACUACAUACUUCCUAUCCGCCUAUUCAGAGUCAGGUCUGCAGUUUCAUUUCUCCAGCAGAGAGAAGUUGGCGGGAUUAUCUCUCAGAAAAGCCCCCUAUAACUGACAUCCCUUACAACCAAAGUCCAUACACCUCUCGAUGGGAUACAGGAUACCAGUUCAGUGGCUCCUUCUAUAGCUGCAGUGCAUCAGAGCCUCUGCCAUCUGCCUUUACACUAGAUGCCAGCAUGAAGUCAGCAGAGGCCAUGGCCCUAUCAGAUUAUCGGCUCCAUGUGGCUAUAUAUUUCCGGGAUGUCCUUCUGCGGGAGGUGACUGUGAACAGUCUAGAAGGUUGUAUUCUGGGUGUGAGCAAAGAUGGUUUGCCAUAUGGAGCACCUCAAGGUCCAGAGCUUAUAGAGCUUCCACAGAUUGAACACAGCUCUCUGGAACAUGGGGUUCUGCUGUGGAUGCUACCAGAUGGGCUGUAUGCUCGCCGCUGUUGCCCCUGCAGGGUGUACUGGGAGGGAGGCCAAACUUCACCCAACAACAAACCCAGCAAACUACAGAGAAAUCAAAACUGCAAACUGCUGGAUACUCAGCAAUUCAUCACAGAGUUACAGAGUUAUGCUCGGCACAUACGUCCUUUACCCAUGUCUCAAGUGCUCCUGUACUUUGAGGAAGACAGCACAGACUCACGAAGGACCCUUACUGUCCAGGUGGAGCCUCUGUUUGCUCGCCAGCUUCUCUUCUUCACCCACCAGAGCAGCAUGAACUACAUACGCAACCACAACCUUUCACCUCUGAGCCCAGAACACACAAUUCCACCAAGUCAGGACUUCCACAGAGUCAUCAGCCAUCACCACAGCAACAGCCUGUAAAAUUUAGCUUCACCUGGGAAACCUUACAUUGGGCAAGUCGAACUGAAGCCCAGACAAGGAUGGACACAACAAAUGCACCCUGACUCAUGUGUGACACUGACAGAAUAUCAACAUUACCAGCUAUUUUUCAAACAGAUGGACUUUUACUUGCAGAAUGGACAAAACAAAUCACACUUAUUUCACAGACAUGUCUGAUGAGCCCUUCACAUUCUUUUUCUUAUAUGUUGAAUGUUUGUACUUGUUUUUUUUUGUUGUUUUUUUUGUUGUUUUUUUAUACAACUUCACAGAAAGUUAAAAGAAAGUUAAAAGAAA